AUGACCCUUUUAGAUCAAGACGGUGACUCCGAGAUGCUCUCCUCUUCUGAGUCCUCUCAAAGCAGUCCUCAAACCCCCACGGCCUUCCCAACCCUUGGUCAUUCUGCCAACUUCCCCGGCUCAGAACUGUCUCCGCCAGGUUCGCAGGACGCCAUAGGGGCUGAAUCUUCGAAGAUGGCAUAUGACGAUUCACAUCUCAAAUACGUAGCAGGGGCAUCUUCACAACAACCGGGUGGUGAUGGCUCUGGUGGUGUUGGUGGUGGUGAAAAGUGGGAGGAUCAGAGCGCUGUGAUUUCUCAAACUGAGCCUGGGGCGUCGUGGAACAAUAAGAAAGCGGAGGAGGAAUAUCAGAAGGCUAUGGAACUUGUGGUGGACCAAGAUUUCAGCUUAAAAGAGUUUGGAGAUCCAUUUGACGACAAGGAUAUGGCGGAAGGAUAG